CGAGACCGAGGCAGAAACACCGGGAUGCUUGUCUGGAAAGUUGCCAUCUGCCUGUUGGGCACUGCUACAGGAGCCAGGAUUGAAGAGGCCUACGUGUACCCGCGUAUACUGGAGGCGAGAUCUUCCGAUGGCCUCAAGGUGGUGUCCGUCGACGGGAAGACGACCCUGAGGCUUGAGAAGGCGUCCGUCCUAGCCGAGACCCUACUUGUGACAUCAUACGACGAAAACGGGCAAAUGACGCACACGCCAAUUCAAGCCGAAGAAAUUGAGAAGCACCACUACCGUGACCGCGACCGAUACGCCUCUUUAAUGGUGCACGACACAGCAGAUGGCCUCGAAAUGACAGGAAUGGUGGACGCUGUCACUCGCAUCGAGCCUGUGCUGACAGCACCGCGAUCGUUGGACGGAUCCUUGCCCCACAGGUUGCACACCAUGCCAGAGGAAGAAUUGGAACGCCUCAAGAAGAUCGCUACUCCAAUAAAAUCUCCAAUGGCAUCGCCCUUGGCUCCAAGCUGGAUGUGGUUUGAUCCGCAUUGGCGCGAAGCCAAACAAGAGGUAUCCAUCAUCUCGGAUUCGGAACACCACAAGGGAAUGACUAGAACAGAGAUAUGUUCCUACGUAGUCGUUUUAAUGACUGCUGUAAACAUGCGAUUCGAUCAGACGUCGUAUCCAAAGCUCCAGUUUCGGGUGGUUCAGUUAGUGACGACAACGGAGAAGGAAGAGGAAUCGUUCCUUCACAAGCACAAUGGAUACAUAGAACCAGAAGUUACGUUAAAGAAAAUGUAUAAUUUCACGAGACAAUACGAAGAUGCCUAUCCCGACCUGUUUGUGGUGCUGACCGGGAGAGAUUUAGCAACACUGGAAAACGGAUAUGUGUCUCAGGCUAAUGCAGGUAUGGCACUAUUAGGUGGAGCCUGCACGACGUAUGCAAACUAUGCAAUUGCCGAAGACCGAGGGCAGGCGUACCUUGGUGUUCACUAUGUCACUCACGAGUUUGGCCAUUCGUACGGUUGUGUUCACGAUGGCGAUGGACCGGUCAAGUUCAUUCCUGGUCACAGGGGAUCCCGGGAUCCGGACUGCGACCCGAGUAGGGGCUUCAUCAUGAGUUAUCUUGAAGGCGGAGUCAGAAAAUUUUAUUUUUCUAGGUGCUGUAUGCAAGACAUGCGGAAUUACUUGAGCAACCAACCAAAAAGCUGCUUCAAUAAUACAUUUCAAUAUGACAUAAUGAAGAUGUUCCCGAAUUUACUCCCAGCCAGCGUCACAUCCGUCUCCAGAUACUGCAAGGCAAUGUUCCCAGAUAUGAUUGGUGUCCAUCAUGAGCCGGACCUGCGGAACGAGGUGAAUUGCCUGGUGAUUUGUUCAGGUAACACUACUGAUGGGUCAGAGAGAUCCUUCGUUAUCCAGGCUCAAGACGGCAUGAUCUGUGACAAAGGAAUGAGAUGCAUCAAGGGACAAUGCAUCGCGGGUUAG